AUGGCGAGCUUGUUGCUACCACCGUCUUUCACCGCCGCGUCAACCGUGACCUACUGUGUCCGCGGCCACACGUUUCGCACCAUGUACACGGUCGAGCUGCACUGCGCCGCCACGGCACGUACUUGGAAGUUUACGACCCGGUACCGCGACUGCGUGGCUUUUCAGAGCGCGCUGGACGCGUACUUGCCGUCGUUCCUCGGGUCCCGUCGCGCGGCCGAGCACUAUUUGCUGCUGCUGGUUCAAUUCCAGUUUCCAGUCGAGCCGCUACCGAGUCCUGCUGCACGCUUGGCGAUGCGCGCCGAGCUCGUGUCGGCAUUUGCGCACCUUGCCCACGCG